CAGGGUGUAACCUGAGUCGUGCCAAGGGUUGCAUGGGUCAGCAGUGUGGCACAUGCAUAAUUUUAUCUGAUUUUGGUCUUGCUUUGUUUCUUUGAGACAGGGUCUGGAACUCACUCUCUUGCCCAGGCACACCUGCCAGGCUUGCAGGUGUGAACCAUGACUUCGGGGUUAAUUUUAUCUGAUUUACGUGCUGUGGAGCGGACAGAACAAUGCUCAGCCUGUGAGAUCGCGGUAACUUCAGAAAGUCCAGAGGAAUCUGGGAAAUUCCUCUAGCUCUGCUCAGCUCAGCUCAGCUUGCAAACUCUCGUUACCUUGUUCAGUCCCUCAGCUACUGAUUCGCCAGGAAAGGAGCAUGGUUUCGAUUUCACUUCUCUUUGUCUCAGCUUCCGUUUGGGUGGCUGUUACUUUGCAGCUUCUAAGAGUGGCUGUGCCAAGGAGCCUGAAACAGGAAGACAACCCUCUAAGGAGCCUAGUCAGUUGAGGAUUGGUUGCUGCUGUCGCGCCAGAGCUGGUAGACGCCUAUCCUCAAAGAUGUCACCAAGAGGCUUCAUUUUAUUUUGGUGGAGUCGGUUCCAGUUUACAUACAUCUAAAGCCGGCUUCCAAAGUCCCUACCUCAUUCUCUACUCAUUUUCUUCUAAGAAACACACAGAAGUUGAUAUAUGUGGUGCACAAACAAAAGCUGAUGCAUCUGCCGUGAAUAAUGACGAUGACCUUUAGACCAUGAAUCUCAAGGAGUGACUGCUGUCAGUUACAGGGUGCCAGGGCAUCUCAGUGGACCAUGGAGACACCCAUUUGUUUGGUUCAAAACUGGAAAGAAGAGCUGACAGUAAACCCGGAGGCUAUAAGGAUUCUUGAGAAGAUAUCUCAGCCUCUGGUGGUGGUGGCCAUUGUUGGCUUAUACCGUACAGGGAAGUCCUACCUCAUGAACCGUCUUGCAGGACAGAACCAUGGCUUUUCCUUGGGUUCCACUGUGCAGUCUGAAACCAAGGGAAUCUGGAUGUGGUGUGUGCCUCACCCCACCAAGCCAACCCAUACCCUGGUCCUUCUGGACACAGAGGGUCUUGGUGAUAUAGAAAAGGGUGACCCUAAGAAUGACUCAUGGAUCUUUGCCCUGGCUGUGCUUUUAAGCAGCACCUUUGUCUACAACAGCAUGAGCACCAUCAACCACCAGGCCCUGGAGCAGCUGCAUUAUGUGACUGAAUUAACACAGCUAAUCCGGGCAAAGGCCAGUCCCAGGGAGGAUGAAGUAAAGGACUCCAGUGAGUUUGUGAGCUUCUUCCCGGACUUUGUCUGGACUGUUCGGGAUUUCACUCUGGAGCUGAAGUUAGAUGGACGCGUCAUCACAGCGGAUGAGUACCUGGAGAAUGCCCUGAAGCUGAUCCAAGGAAACAAUCCCCAAAUCCAAAAGUCCAACACGACUAGAGAAUGUAUCAGAUAUUUCUUUCCAGUACGGAGGUGCUUUGUCUUUGACCGGCCUAUAAGGGACAAAAGUUUACUAUCUCAUAUUGAAAAAGUUCCAGAAAACGAACUGGAAUGGAAUUUCCAGGUGGAAUCAAAAAAGUUCUGUUCCUACAUCUUCACCAAUGCAAAGACCAAGACGCUGAGAGGCGGGAUUACUGUCACAGGAAACCGACUGGGGACUCUGGUGAAGACCUACUUGGAUGCCAUCAAUAGUGGGACUGUGCCUUGCUUGGAGAAUGCAGUGAUGACCCUGGCUCAGCGUGAAAACUCAGCAGCUGUGCAGAAGGCAGCUGACCAUUACAGUGAGCAGAUGGCCCAGCAACUGCGGCUCCCAACAGACACUCUCCAAGAGCUUCUGGAUGUACAUGCAGACUGUGAGAAGAAAGCCAUUGCUGUUUUCAUGGAGCACUCCUUCAAGGACGAUGAGCAAGAGUUCCAGAGGAAACUGGUGGCUGUCAUAGAAGAAAGGAAGGAAGCUUUCAUGCAACAGAAUGAAACGGCAUCUGUCAGUCACUGCCAGGCUGAGCUGGACAAGCUUGCAGCGUCCCUGAGGAAGAGUGUCUCAAGUGGAGCUUUCUCUGUUCCUGGCGGACACAGUCUCUACAUAGAGGCCAGGAAGGAGGUGGAGCAGAACUAUGAGCGAGUGCCCCGGAAGGGAGUAAAGGCAAAUGAGGUUCUCAAGAGCUUCCUACAGUCACAGGGUACUAUAGAGAACUCCAUCCUGCAAUCAGACAAAGCCCUUACAGAUGGACAGAAGGCCAUAGCAGCUGAGAGGACAAAGAAGGAGGUGGCUGAGAAGGAACAAGAGCUGCUGAGACAGAAACAGGAGGAGCAAGAGCAACUGAUGAAAGCUCAAGAGAGAAGCUUCCAAGAAAACAUUGCUAAACUUCAAGAGAAGAUGGAGAAGGAAAGGGAGACUCUUCUGAGUGAGCAGGAGAAGAUGCUAGAGCACAAGCUGAAGAUCCAAGAAGAAUUUCUUGUUGAAGGAUUUAAAAAGAAGUCUGAAAUGUUAAGGAAUGAAAUAAGUCAUCUGAGAGAUGAGAUCGAGAGAACUAAAGAGAAAUCCUCACUGUUUGCACAAAUUCUUGACACAGUGGGCAAUGUGUUCCUUAUUGUUUUACCAGGAGCUGGUAAAUUAUUGGGUGCAGGGAUGAAAGUUCUCAGGUCAUUUAUGAAAUAGCCUGGGAGUUCCUGGGAAGGGAUUUAUAAAGCUAUGAUUCUAUUAUUUUGAUACCACAACUGUAUGCCUUGUUAUUAAAACUGCAUGUGCUACUUUAAUAAGCAGUGCUAUAUAGGAGGUCUGAACUCCCACUAUUGCUAAAUAAUCAAAGAGACACCACCUUAUUGGAGUUGAGAGUAUUAUUUCAUUAGCAGUUACAAUCAAGAUUAAAACUACAAAUCAUUGGCUCAAAAAUACAAGAGAAUAUCAUCCAUAAAUCCCAUCAAAUUUCAUUGACAUAAUCCAUAUAGUAAAGUGGAAAACCAGUCAGAAUAUAGUGAAAUUAUUUCUAGAAAGGAUGUGAGUAAGUAAAAAAAAAAAGGUCCAAUGGAGAAGUGUGACAAUUGUACCUCAGUUAUACAAAUAAUUCAUUGUGAAGAACUCCUGUAAAAAUUAACAA